CCACACAGCAGCACCCUCUGCAACCUCCUUUAUUACACAUCUGGGAUCUUCUAUUCUAUUGUCUCUCACACACACAAAAAAAAAGCUGUUCAAACUUCAAAAUAGAACCCUCGAUCUCCCUUUGUUGUAUGAGAGAGAGAGAGAGAACGUUUUGUUUUGCUUUACAAAACUCUCUCUCAUGGCUCUCCUAACUUCCUUGCCUGAACAGUUCUCCAGUACCCCCAAACGCCACAAACGUAAGCCACAACAACAACAACAGAAACAAAAGCAAAAGCAAAAGCAAAAGCAAAAACAGAAACAGAAACCAGCCUCUUCAUGGGACCAAAUCAAGAACCUCUUAACCUGCAAACAGAUGGAAGAGUCGAGAGUGCACGACCCUUCGAAAAUAACUGGGUACUCGAAGCUAGGGUCUUCUUGCAGCUCCAUAUGCAGCUUCAGAGAUGUGGUUCAUGGGAACACACGUGUUGUGCAUAGGUCUGAUAACUCCUCACCAGAGAGUAGUUCUCUGGGUCAGGAAACUAAUGGGUUACUCACUAGGAAACCUGUCACUACUACUACUACUCGUUCCGCAAAAUCAAACGGCGGAGCAACCUGCACGUCAUCAUCAUCAUCUUCCAGAGGCAUGCAAUUCAGGAAGCUUUCUGGGUGUUAUGAAUGUCACAUGAUCAUUGACCCUAGCAGGUUACCAAUUGCGAGGAGCACUGUGUGUGCUUGCUCUCACUGUGGUGAGGUCUUCCCUAAAAUGGAAAGUUUGGAGCUUCAUCAAGCUGUUCGUCAUGCCGUUUCGGAGCUAGGUCCGGAGGAUUCGGGUCGGAACAUAGUGGAAAUAAUCUUCAAAUCGAGCUGGUUGAAGAAGGACAACCCGAUUUGCAAGAUCGAACGGAUACUAAAAGUGCACAACACCCAACGCACCAUCCAACGGUUUGAGGAGUGCAGGGACACCGUAAAGAACCGUGCGCUGGGCAGCACCAAGAAAAACCCCAGGUGCGCAGCCGACGGCAACGAACUCUUGCGGUUCCACUGCACCACCUUAACGUGCGCACUGGGUGCACGUGGCUCUUCCUCCCUCUGCGCCUCCGUACCCGGCUGCAGCGUCUGCACCAUCAUCAGGCACGGUUUCCAAGGCGGGUGCGGCGGCGGUGGAGACCACGCGAGGGCGAAGGGCGUGAGAACCACCGCCAGCAGCGGUCGGGCCCACGACUCUGUGGUGUGCGGUGACGCCACGCGCAGGGCCAUGCUGGUGUGUCGCGUGAUCGCGGGCAGAGUGAAGCGCGUGGUGGAGGACGCGCCGUCGGAGGAGGAACACGUGUCGUAUGAUUCCGUUGCGGGGUACGCUGGAAUCUACUCGAAUCUCGAGGAGCUUGUUGUUUUCAAUCCAAAGGCUAUCCUUCCUUGUUUCGUGGUCAUUUACAAAGUUCCUUUGUGUUAGUUUAGUUAAUGCAUGUUUAGACAUCCGUUAAAAAGUCAUUCAACGGAAAGAAAAACACAUUUUUAGACACCUAAGUUGAACUAACUCUCUUGUUAAGUUUGACAGAAUGUUUGUUACAUUCAACGAAACAGUUUCGCAAACAUAAUCUUGAUAGUAGCUAGAAGUAGUAAUUUGCAUUUGUAGUAAUACAAUAUAUAUCUUUCAAUUUUCACAACUCAACCCAAUAACAAUAACAAUGAAUAAGUUACUAGUUGUUAUUGUCAAUCUGUAUAUUUCAGUUACAACAGAAUGACUAGUAAUUUAUUGAUCGUUAAUUAUAUUAUAUGGGGUGUGAAAUACUACUGAAAUAUUGUGAAAGUGUAACAAUAUUAUAUAACAUUGAGUGAUGAAAUUAGAAUGUUGUAAUGUACUUUGUAUGCUUCGGUGUGUCUGGUAGUUCUGCCAUGCAUGCACACGCAUGAGGCCCCAUGACCCAUCAAUGGUGGAAGGUGGAAGUGGAACCCAGUUUGAUGUCAGCCUUGUGAAUAUCUCAGCUACUUUUAAUUAGAAUGUCUCCGCACACUUUUUGUUUAGUCAUGAAUGUAUGUUUUUUGGCUCAACUGCUACAUAACAUGCGUGUUUCUGUUCAA